AAAAUAAAGUGAAAGUAGAAUUUCUUGUAAACAUUCGGUAUGGCGUCUCGAAGUUUAUCAGAUUCGGACUCAGAACCCGAUGAUGCACUACACAUUGGAUUUAACAAUGAUGAACCAGACUCUGACCAACCUCCCACGAAAAAGAAAAAAGUGGAGAAUGCGGGCUUGUACAACGCUUUCUCAGCCAGGAUGAUGGCAAAGAUGGGCUACAAGGAAGGCCUAGGUCUCGGUAAGGAGCAACAGGGACGAGUAGAAAUCGUGGAGGCUUCCAACCAGAGAGGGAGGCGGGGUCUGGGUCUAAAGAUCAAAGGACUGGAACCAUCGCAGGAAGUGGACUGGGAAUUUGAGACAGAAGAGAUUAUUGAAAAAGAAGAUGUAUCUUGGAUUCCAACUUGUGCUGAACCUGUUCCCAGCAUUGAAAUAUUGAGAGGAUGGAAACAUAUUGGACAGAAAAAAUUAACUAUAGAUGAUGAGGCAGAAUUUUGUGAUGAAGAUGUUCUAUCAGCUAUUUUAAACAGCAAGAAUGUCUUUGAUGAGUUGGAGCCAGAGGAAAUGAGAAGAGCUCGAACACGAUCAAAUCCAUAUGAAACAAUCAGAGGCGUGUUUUUUCUCAACCGAGCAGCUGUCAAAAUGGCUAAUAUGGAUUCAAUGUUUGAUUUCAUGUUUACUUCACCAAAGGAUACCAGUGGUAGACCCAUGCUGAAGCCAUCAGAUAUCUUGUUUUUUGCUGAUAUCUGUGCUGGUCCUGGUGGAUUUAGUGAGUAUGUUCUAUGGAGAACCAAAGGAGAUGCCAAAGGCUUUGGGUUUACCCUGAAAGGUCCAUGUGACUUUAAGCUGGAGGAUUUCUUUGCUGGUCCCCCUGAAAUGUUUGAGCCUCACUAUGGUGUGGGAGGGAUUGAGGGGGAUGGGGAUAUUUUUAAACCUGAGAACCAGGAAGAGUUUAUCAAAUUUGUCAAAGAAAACACGGACAACAAAGGUGUCUACUUUGUGAUGGCAGAUGGGGGGUUCUCAGUUGAAGGACAGGAAAACAUUCAGGAGAUUUUGUCCAAACAGCUUUAUCUCUGUCAGUUUUUAGUAGCCAUAUCCAUUCUCAGACCAGGUGGUCACUUCGUGUGUAAGUUAUUUGACCUCUUCACCCCAUUCAGUGUUGGGUUAAUCUACCUAAUGUACAGAAUAUUUCACAAAGUCUGUAUAUGUAAACCAGUCACCAGCAGGCCAGCAAACUCUGAGAGGUAUAUAGUUUGCCAGGGUCUCCGUGGCGAUAGUGACCCAGUCAGACAAUACAUGCAUGAGAUCAACCUAGAUUUAAAUCGUCUCCAGGUUUCUACGUCAACACAAGAUGUCUGUGGGAUAGUCCCUAUGGAGGAUCUCCAUGCUGAUCAGUGUUUCUUUAAUUAUAUGUACGAAUCCAAUGUAAAACUUGGUAAGAUGCAGAUUUCAGGCUUAAAGAAAAUUCAAGCCUUUGUUCAAAACUCACAGCUGUACGAGACCAGACAGGCAGAUGUGAGGAGUGAUUGUCUAAAGAGAUGGAAUCUCCCAGAUGAAGUGAGGAAAGCUCCCACAAAAUCAAAUCCCAAAGUCAAGUUUGAGGCUCUCACUGAGGGUGAUGAUGUGGAUUUUGUUUCGCACACAAUUGAAGAUCUUUGUCCCGACACACUCACAAAUAUCAAGACUCCAUAUAAUUAUCGCUGUUAUGUUAUUGGAAACCAAGAACGAAAACGAUGGUAUCUUCUAGGUCUAGGGAGGUCACAUGUGUUCAAAUGGGAUGGAAAUCCGUACUCAAGAUGGAGGAAAUUAGAGGAAGAUAACAUUCGAGUUGAACUCCCGACAGAUACACUGAUAGAGGUGGAAAUUGUGCAGGAGAUGAAAGGGGAGGGAUCAGGACAAAGAAGAAUGAUGACCUUACAUGCCCUGGAUGCCAUGUUUCUGUAUGGUAAAGAUGUCCGCAGUUUGACUUUCAGAGACAGAGUUGAGAAGCUGAGGAAGUUUUUACAGUGUAUUACCAAACCGACCCGACCCAAUCUGACCCAGAUCAUUGUCCCGUACAUCUAUAGGCUGGAGGAGGUGCACCAGGUGUUUGACAGAUUGGAGUUUCGGCGAGUUAAAGGCUCAGCUAAUCCCAGGCUGUGUUACAGUCCACCAGACAGAAUGGAUGGACGGUGCUUCCUGCCGUCUGGACUCUGUAUCAUAAAAAUUGUCAAAGAUCCAUGGACAAUGGCUUUAAGUAAAUCAGCCAAUCAAAAGUACUUUUACAACAUACACACAAAGGAGUCCACAUUCCACUGUCCUCCAUCAAGUGUGGCACACUGCAGUGAUUGCAAGAAAUCAAGUUACAUUUGGAAAUUUGAGGAGGGUGUAAAGAUUCAUCCAGACCAGACAUUCUCAGCCAACCCCAAAAAAAUCUCCAAGGACAAUUUCUUAGACUACAUAAAUAUGUUGACCCCUCGGUGACCUCUCAGUGGCAUUGCUGCCAUUUCAUCAGCCUCCAUUUCACUUCACUCGUAUCAGAAUCAUCAGGAAUGUUCAACCUUAAUGAACAAAACAUUUGUUGUUCUUAUACAUGUUUGUACUACAUACAUAAACAAUUGUUGAUGAAUUA